AUGGAUUACGUUUUCAUCAACGUCAAGAAGCCAAGGGACGCCCUCGAGCGCGCGAAAGAACGCGAAUUCCGUUCGCAUGUGACACGUCAGCAAUGGAAGCGAUCUGCUCUCCGAAAGAAAGCCAUAUUAGCUACAGAAGAAAACGGCGCUCGAGAUCAGGUUGACACCGAUUCUUCUUCUUCCGACCUCAACACCAUCUCAAUAUCACCUGCAAUAGGUGGACUCCGCGUGGACCCUUUCCAAUCGUAUCCUAUCCCAAGUCGACCUUGGACUGCGAAGCUAGUCGAUCACUACUUGGUCCACAUGGCCGUUGAUAUUCCAGAGCUUGACCAGCCCGGGAACCGUGGUCUCCUGAGAACAAGUUGGUUUCCAUUAGUGAUGACCGAGCCUGUUUUGUUUUGGGUUGUGAUGCUUCUUGCUGCAUCGCAUCAUGCCUCUCACCAGCGUUUGGAAGACCGGCGACCCGAAGAUAUAGACGAUGCUUUGAUAGGGGCUAUAGCCAAAAUGGCAAGCUAUGAAGCCAUGUUCGGCAGCUUUGAAAAUUACAAUGUUCACAUGCAAGGUCUUGUGCGGGCCAUCAGCUUACGAGGCGGGCUCGCAACAUUAGGACUAAACGGCUUGCUGUAUCGAAUCGUGGUUUGGAUUGACCGCAACGCGGCAUUUUUGCAUGGAUCUGGAACCUACUACUUUCCUGGGGCUACCUUCGUUCCGGAUGGAAGUUUGCCAGACCCGAAUCCCGGCCAUUUCCUCGGAGGCUCAUGA